AUGCGUGGUCAUGUGUCGCAUGGGUAUGGACGUGUAGGGAAGCAUAGAAAGCACUCUGGAGGCCGGGGACUGGCUGGAGGAUUCAGCCAUAUGAAGACUUUCUUCACAAGAUUCCAUCCGGACUAUCAUGGAAAGAGGGGAAUGAGAGUUUAUCACAGAAAGGAGAAUUCAAACUAUGCCCGCCCAAUCAGCUCUGCAAGGCUAUGGGGGGUGAUUCCAAAAGAGCAAAGAUACGAGUUCUUGGACAAUAGUGAUAAAGUGCCUGUGAUUGAUGUCAGAGAGUUUGGAUAUCACGUUGUGAUUGGAGGAAAGUUACCUUUGGAAAGGCCAAUAGUGGUCAAGGCCAGAUACUUCACCCCGUCAGCAAAGGAAGAGAUCGAAAGAGUUGGAGGGAAGUGGAUAAUUACCUAUUAA